AUGGUCACCAAUGGAAAUAAAUGUUACUAUUGUGAUGUGAAGAGCUGCUCAAACAUAAUGAGCUGUUCAGGGAGUGAAGACCGCUGCAUUACAAUAACUGGAAUCUGGAAAAGGAAAAAGAGUCUAAAUUUGGUUGUAAAAGGCUGUGCCUCUAAAUCUAUUUGUGAUGCAGCAGCAUCAGUUGGUGAAGUUCAAGGUGUCUCAUGUUGUUCAGGUAAUCUGUGUAACGGUGCUCAGAGCGUCUCUCAGAGCUUCCUGUUCCUUUGCUGUUCUCUGCUCUUCACAAUCAGACACACUGCACUGAAUAUAGAGCUUACAUUCUUUGAUUAA